AUGGACUUUAUGAGCCCUGCUUUUGACCAAGAAUCGCUCUCAGAAGAUGAAAUCUCAGUGGGGACAGUGGCGCAGAACUACGUCAAGUGGCAGAGUUCGCAGUCUCACAACCCAGCUCUUAACCAGCUCAUAAAGUCUAGUGCGAAGGAUCCAAUCUAUUCAAAAGAGAACUUCAGUUCUUCCCGAGUUUGGCAACGCCAAUCUUCUUUUGAACAGAUUCCCGGUUUUUCGUUAUUGACCACCUCGGAUCACUCAGUACCACCUGUAUCUUCUGCAUCAGCUUCCUCAAGUAAACCUUUGUCAUCCUCUCGUCCUCUGACGUCUCGAACUCGCCCUUCUGAAUACAAAGCUCGACGUAAAAGCUCGACCGUUGAGGCACCUAGUACCGAUUCCUCGGUAUCAAGCACGAUUCCAUUUCUUGACAAAACGAACCCGACUGCGUUUUUGGAUAUUCUGAAAGGUGUUUCUGCUCGUGUGGAAGCAAAUGUUGGAUUGCGCUCUCGUGGAAGUGUCCUUGAUCCGUUCCAUCCCUCUCGGAUCGAGAAAGCCAAAAAGAGGGUACGAGAUGGUAGCGUUGGGAGUAGUGCAGAGGCUCAGUCACUAAAAGCCAAGAAAGUCCGCAUAGAGAGUCUGCGCCAAGUCAUGGACAAGGGAAAGGGACGCGCUGCAGAUGAAGAAGACUUGGAGGGUAGCGAACGUAGCUAUAUGCUGAGCAUCGGAUCAACUUCACGAACCACAUCCACUGCAAGCAAAUCAUUGAGUGAUGGCAGCUUUAUGGAUGUUGACGAUUGCGAUAAAAGUAUGGCCGAUUCGCAUGCUGAUACCGCGUCCCCACUAUUAUCUAGGCCUGGAUUAACGAAGACCCCUUCGCAAGCCAAAAUGCCACCUCCACCAGCACCAAUGACCAAACACCCAACUGUUUCCAAUAUAACACCCUCGAGAAUCUCUACGUCUUUGUACUCAUCUUCCUCACAACUAUCCAAGUCCUGUCAUAAACUACCUCAGCAAGACCAUAAUGGCCAUGGUUCUCGACCACCUAAAUAUCAUCCUCUCCUCCUCCAGCAACAAGCAACCACAACGACAUCCUCAGAACAUUCCCAAGCUCGGAAUGACGUGCUCCAGCCUCAACCGAUUGCUGUGAAAACAUCUUCAAUUAACGAAACACCUAAAGCUGAAUCACGGUACGAUUCAUCAGCGAUGGACGUUGAGACAAUAUUUCCUUCUUCCACCCCUUUAGCCGGUAGCCAACAGGUGCGACCACCUGCUUUAGGUAUGCGGCGCACGCAUACAUUUCCCGCAUCAGGCAUGGUUCCGUCUAUGCAGAAGUCAGGUGUUUUACCCACUAAACAAAAGGGCUUUAAGCCUCCACUUCUGCCCUCCUCUCAACCGCAAUCUUCCACAAGCAAUUCUUCUGCGUCUGGGACGAAAGGAUCCACGUCUUCCGUGGGGCAUAAUCAACCUCAAAAUCAACCUCACCGGACACAUUAUGCAACCUCUCGUGCACCUUCAGGAGGCAGCAAUAGCUCGACAUCAUCCUCCGAUUCUCCGACCGCCCGUGUUCAUUCGUCUUCAUCCUCCUUUUCCACCUCUACGUCCACUUCAUUUAACACGAGCACGCCUAUAUCAUCCUCCUCCUCAUCGUCUCACAAGACAAGACCGCGUACCCCCGCUAGUAUCGCGAGGGAAGAAGCUAUUGCUAAAGCCCUUGCAGAAGCUGCUGGCACAGCUCAGGCACCACCUCGCAAUCGCGGGCCACAUCCUCAGCCGCAAUCUCGGUCUCGGGCAGUCGCGCCACCGCCUGCGCCUGCGUACAAAGCAGCUCCUGCGCACCAUCCACCUUUACCACCCCAACCUGUACGAGCAGCAGAACCAGUGGCUAUACCUGCUCCAGCAUCUCCGGUGCUCCCGGAGCCAGCGAACGGCGACGGCGACUCCUCGUUCGGCGAUAUGUCAUUCGAUAUGGACGCGCUCGAGGAGACCAUGCGUCAGUACGAUUGA